UAACUUGGAUAAGUAUUAUCUUCGUAAGAAUAAGCAGUAUGGGUCCCAAACAACUGAUACUAUUGGUUCUAGUAUUGAACCUUGCCAUAAAUGUGGUCUGUGUUCCAAAGAUUAUUCCAGAAUAUGUUUACGAAUUUGGUAAAAAAGGGCAGGGUCUCAAAAUAUACAGUAGUCACAGUUGGAUUGGGUGGCUUCGAUUUAAUACACAAGUCAAUAUACCUAGUCCACCAGACACUCAAGUGAGCUACGUCAAAGUUACAGUGAAGGCGAUCAAUCCCCCCAAAGUCGACUACGAUGAAAAUACCAAAACCAUCAGCAUAAAAUACUCGCUUGUUGAGUUUUCUGGCAGUACGUACAAAAUUUACGCUGAAGGAAUAAAGUUAUAUUAGAAAUAUAUAAAGGUAAUGUUUAAUCAGAAUUCUGAGAUAAUGCGGGAUUCCCUUUAUUGUAUC